UCCUCAGUUGUUGAUCUAGCUCGAGAUGGCGAAAGACCACAGUACGACGCCGUCAACGAAUAUUGAAAUCUUUGACGAGUGCAUGGAAUUCUCCUUCGAAUUCGAGAGCAUUAGCGAGGCUGUUGAAGACGUCGCUCGCUUCAGCACGGCAGGACGCUUUGCUAGUGCUCGCAAGAUAUCAACCGAGUCAUUGGAGAGCAACAUGCACGUUUUUCCAAUCGGCUUCGAAGUCUUGCGGCUACUAUAUGACCAGGGUCAACACAAGACCUUGCAUGACAUUAUUCAUCAAGGAACGUUCUACAAGAAAUGGUCGAAUCAAGAGAAAAACAUUGUUUCUCUUAUGAAGUUUGUGGCCAUGAGCUCGAUUUAUGCCGACACUAGAUACGUCUUCCACGAAUUGAAACCGAGCGUCAUUGUCGCUUCGAGCCUUGAGAAGAUCAGUAUCGGGGACAUGAGCACUGAGAACAUGAUCGAGACAGUACUGCUGUUGAGAUUAUUGUAUUUCAGUCAUGAGGUACGACAGCAAAUACCUCCCAGGAAGUUUUCCGUGUUGGGCGGAGAAGCUCCCUCAACUGUAGUUUCAUGGUUCCUCCAGAAAGAGUAUUUCUGGGCCGCCGAGGAUGUACUCCAUGUUUGUUUCCGACGGUCCAAAGUUGGAAUGCAUGAAAUCAAGCUACCCGAAAUCUGGUCCGCCAUCGAGUGGUUUCUUAGCAAUACAGACGACGAACGCCGGAUCUGGGCACAGUUCUCGAUUCUUCAGACCUUCUGUGAAGGCUGUCUUUGUCAAGGACUCCUCAACCCUGAUUCAGAUGGAUCCGAGACGCCGUCGCCAUGGAAUCGACGCCUAAACGAUCUGACUCUGCUCGUCAUGAAACUUGAAGCCAAAGCCCAAGAGAAUGAAUGGAAAGGCUCUCGAGCCACAAUUCGCCACGAUCUUCUCCAAUUAGAUUGGGCGCUAUGGCAACGUCUUGCGGAAGGAACUUUGUCAGUCGAGAGCGAGACGUUAAGGGAGCUGUACGAGCUCAACGGCCAGGCUCAGCGAAAUCAGGAUGAUCGUUUGCAGUCUGGUAUACAGUGGAGAAUUGAGGUUCUUGCAAACUCCAUCGAUCCUGAUACUAUAGCCAGCACCAGUGGCUUAAUUGAAGUACCGAUGCAGAUAUACACAACUCGACAGAAGAUGAUUCAGCGUCUGGAUCCUACUGAACGACGAAGAUUUAUACAUGGAUCUCGGAAAAUUUCUGGUCUACUAGCUGAACAGAUCGAUAAGGCCAUCCCCGAGGAUGAGGAACCAUCUGCAUCAACCGCUCUGGAGCCCACCAGGAUCCGCAAAACAAUUCUCUUGCUUGGAAAGACUGGUACGGGUAAAUCAACACUACUUCGUACCAUCACGGGCAAAUAUGCUGCAACCACUAAUCACAAGUCGACCACCAGUGGAAUCCAGAAAGAAAGUUGCAUUAGGGCCGAUGGUGCCUUGUUGCAGGUCAUUGAUACCCCAGGUUUCGAGGACCCCGAGGUAUCUGAUUACAAUACUUUCGAGCGCAUUUGCAAGUUCUUGCGAGAGGACUAUCUCGCAGCUCGACCGCUUGAUUGCCUGUUCUAUCUUAUUGAUAUCUCUAGCAACAGGAUUACAGCAUCAGAAAUCAGGCAAGCCAAGACCUUGAAGAGCCUUGUCGGGGAGAACAACUGGGAUCAUGUGUACUUUAUCUUCACACGGGGCAUCACCGAUGCUGGGGACGACGAUGAAUUACUUCGCAAGAAGGAACACCAAGACGGAAUGGAGAAACGAUAUCGUAGAGAGAUAUUCGGGGAUGCGGCGAGAAAAGGUGCGCGAUUCAUUCACGUAGGGUUAGAUUUCGGGGACAGAAAAGAGCUUGAAGAACUUGUAGGGAAGCGGAGGGUGUCUCCUCAAAGGGAAGGUGGGUUCAUCGACAACCCCAUCGACGAGGAUGACCAAGAGACUGAGCUUCUGGGAGAGGAGUUGAGCACGAGCGUAAGGAAGAACGCGCAUCGUCCGGCUAGUUACGCCCAAGUGGAUACCAUGAUAUCGGCGGUACUCAAGAUCAAGACCCCGGUCGUGUUUGAGUGUCAGCACGAGAUGUGUAGGCUUGAUCGUCCAUUCAUGAAGACGCAGGUGGCGCUCAGUUUCGAAACUCAGACUAGGAACGAGUACGAUACUGCCACGAUUGAUGCUGCACACUACAAGCUGGAGAGGGAAAAGGCUGAAGCACAAAGGGCAACUGCCGUGAAAGAGCUCGAAGAGGACACGACUCACACCACGGAAGAGCGACAAAAGAUUGCGGAACUUGACGCUGAUAUCGCAGACCUUGACUUGUGGACAGAAGAAGUGGAAGCAGUACGCAGACAGCUUGAAAAGGAUAUCAGUGCGAUCGAAGCUUCCGCUGGAUGGACUCCCCGGCUCAUCGUCUAUAAUAGCACUGACACUGACCUUCAUCUUCGUGCGUUUCCUUCUGGGCUUCUACCAGGUCUGAUCGCGAAAUUCGAAAACAAGGUACAGUCCAAGAAGUUCAGAGCAAUUCACUGCACACCAGGUCAGUAUCGUCUCGAAGCCUUUCUGGGUAUGUCGGGCAACGAGAUCACCAAAAGUAGUGUGUCAUCUGUCACCUCAGGAAUUAUUGGUACUCUCGCCGUCGGGAGCCCCUUGCAUACCGCAAUCGCCGCCAGCGUGGCCUCGUUUGCAGCGUCGAACAUUGUGCGUGCAAUAUGGAAUGCUCGUCAAAACGAACAUUUCCGCUCACAGGUGCUGGAAAACGAGACUGGGUCCGUCACCAUCUCCUCAUCCAUUCCGGUCGAAGACCUGGACCCAAGAAUUAAGACCCAGAUGAUCAUCAUGGAGGCAACACGCAAAGGAGAGGUCAUCUGCAUCUUCAAGAGCGACUCAUUUGAUUUAAUCAAGUGCACUCGUCUGGAAAUUGUCGGCGGUCCCUCGCGGAAGGACCAAGGCCCCGUCACUGAAUACAAGUUCGACGGCUCUACCCGAGAGAUGAGUGUACAUCGCGUCGAUCUGUACGCAUAAGAUGGGAUUAUAUGAGUAGAUGUGUUGUCUCCAUCAUUUAUCCUGUACGUCCAAAGUCUCUAGGACCUGCUCCUAGGAUGGGACGCUGAAUAUGGUCAUGCAAGGACGCAACCACCGCCUUUUGAUCGUGUCAAGAUAUCUUUCAAUGAAUUUUCAGCGAUCAAAUAAUAACAGAAGUUUAGCCACCAUUGUGAUAUU